CGUUUUGGAUGGCCAAGAAAACAUGUCACUAUCGACAUUUCUUGUGGGAUUACUUUUUUGUUUCAAAAUGAUAAAAGAUUGUACACAUAAUGACAUUUGUUAAAUACCAAUUGGGGAAUUUAUGUAAUAGCCUUCUCCCAAUGCGCUUCCAAAUGGCCGUUCAUGCAGAAUGGUUAAACUUUAUAACCCAGGGUUAAAGUGUAGUCGUCCACCUCUAAAACUGAAUGUUUUGUUUUCGAUUGCAAGGUUCUGUUGAAGUUUAGUGUUCCCCGGUACCAAAAAGAAAUUUGUACGGUUCAUAUUUAUAUUAUUGUAAGAUCUCUCUGCUCUCGCAUUGAUUUCCAAACUUGACCAGUAUGAUUGAGGUGGUGGCCUCCAUGGCGCGAGGCCCGGUGUUCCUGGCCGGAGAGGCGAUGGAGUGCCUCAUCACCUUUACAAACCCCAUGUCCCACCUCUCCACGUCCGCUAGCAGUGAGAUGCUGGCAUGGGCCAGCGCCCAGAUCCAUUGCCAGUUCCACGCUAGCGAGAGCAGGGUGGCACUGCCAGCCCAGGGCACCAAGCAGGACGUCCAGGCGGACAGUGACACUGUCCUGAUCCCCAGCAGAGGAGAGCGAGGGCAGUGCAUGCUGGACACGCCGCCCAAGAUACUGUUCUGUGACCUGCGCUUGGACCCUGGAGAGAGCAAAACCUACUCCUACAGCGAGGUGGUACCCAGCGACGGACCCCCCAGUUUUCGGGGUCAGGCAGUGAAGUACGUGUACAAGCUGACCAUUGGCUGCCAGAGGGUCAACUCCCCCAUUAAGCUGCUGAGGGUUCCCUUCAGGGUCCUGGUCCUGAACGGCAUGCCAGAGCCCCCGUUCCCCCAGGACGAGGAGGUGGCCCCCUCCAACCCCUUCCUGGAGGAGGAGGAGGUGGGCCGCAGGGACGCCAGGCCCCUGGAGAGAGCCCUGGAGAUGCUGAUGAUCACCACCUCACGCCGCUACCCCCACCUAUUCAACAUUACCAACAUGAGAGGGAAGGUGGCCAAGUUCUGCAUAUUCAAGACUGUAUACCGGCUAGGGGAGGACAUCAUCGGCACGUUCAACUUUUCAGAAGGCGAUAUUCCUUGUUUGCAGUACUCUGUGAGCCUGCAGAGCGAGGAGGAGAUCCAGCAGCCGUACCAGCGCCGGCCGGGUCAGCCGCUCAGCACCACGGGUCACGGGCGCCACCUGGAGUCCUGCCUCCACACGGCCUCCAGCCACUUCUCCCUGCCCAUCCCCCUCAACGUCACGCCGGGCUUCAGCACAGACAUAGUGACCCUGAGGUGGAAGCUGCACUUUGAGUUUGUCACCGCCAGAGAGCCUAUGGAGCCGCCCACUGUUCUGAAGAACCAAUCGGAGGUCACUGUGUGGAUGGGGGCGGAGCAUGUGGACGUUGACACUUUCAGUUGGGAUCUUCCAAUCAAAGUUCUCCCCACCAACCCCGCACUGGCAUCUCACGUGUCCCAGUUUUCAGGGACCAACAGCAUCAAUAUUUGACUGUGUGAAUAUGUGUGCUUUUGAUGUUUGAUAUUAACUGACGCUCACUUUGACGCGCGCGUGUCUGUCUAAGCAAGGCAUGAAGAGUUCUCAGCAGAGGAUAAGGGUGAAUGUCAGGGACAAAGGACAGUUGUAUAUGCAGAAUCAUGCAAAGUUUUUCAUAAAUGAAGAGAGUAUCUUUUCCAUUUGAUCUCAGUAUUUUAACAAGUAUGUUAUAGCGUGCAUCCAGUUGUGUGCACGUUUUCUUCUCUCAGUGACUGAGAGUUGACCAAUGUAAAGAGUCGUUUUUACUUUUCUGUAUUUCUUGUGUGACUCCCUUUUCAAAACCUGCUGUCUUUCAGCCCCCAUGAAAUGUUUUUGCAGUUUUUUUAUAGUGAACCGGACUGUUUCACGCAGUCAGGAAAAUAAAAGCGGUGGUUUUGAAUUUGA